AUGGCUCAUCAGCGAUCGCACGAGGACCCCGCCGCUCUGCGGUUCAACUUCUACGAGGCGAUCUCGGCCGGGCCCUGGGCGCCCUGGGAGCUGCGGGCGCUGCAGCAGCGCUGCCUGGUGCCGGGCCGGUACGCCAGCCACAUCGAGAGGUGGCUCGUCCACUUCCCGCCCUUUCAGUUGCUGAUUAUUGAUGGGCAACAGCUAAGAACUGACCCUGCUACAGUGAUGGAUGAAGUCCAGAAGUUUCUAGGAGUCUCUCCUCAUUAUAACUACUCGGAAGCUUUAACGUUUGAUUCGCAUAAAGGUUUCUGGUGUCAGCUAUUGGAAGAAGGUAAAACAAAAUGCCUUGGAAAGAGCAAAGGAAGGAAAUACCCUCCAAUGGAUUCUGAUAGCAGAGCAUUUCUGUCGAGCUACGACCUAGAGCACAACGUGGAGCUCUCGAAGCUGCUGCACAGACUGGGGCAGCUGCUGCCAUCCUGGCUCAGACAGGAGCUGCAGAAGAGCAAAAUCUAG